CAGGUAUAGUAGUAGCAGCAUCAUUAGAAAGCAAUCAAUAGCGGAGUCGGCGCAUUCAAUUGAAAGCAAUGAGACUGUAGAACAUUUUGUACUUUGUUUCAUACUUAUUGAUACCAAUUGGAAGACAUUAAUGUUUUUGUUACGUUUUUUUUCAUAUAUACGGUAGUUUCUUUUCUAACUAGACUCUGUUUUUUGCAACGUAGCUUUAUGUAAAACAAGUGCUUAAAAGGAAUAAGGUACGUCCAUACGAUUGUUAUCUAUCUUAUCUUGAAAUUAUAUCCUUGGCAUUUACUCGUUUUUUCUUUCGCCUCUUGUCUUUUUUGUUAUACGAAAGGUUCGUACUUUUUAUUUUUCCAUUUGUUUGUUUCAGCAAGAAAAAACUUCAAAGUAAAUUACGGUUUGAAUAUAGUUUUACCAUAGACCUCAUGGAUGUUCUUAUUAUCGGCGCUGGUGUCUUUGGUCUUUCGACAGCUUUAGAGUUGACCAAACGUGGAGGCUACAACAUUACCAUUUUGGAUCGCGCUGUUCCACCAGUUGUAGAUGGCUCCUCUGUGGAUGCAAACAGAAUUAUCCGUCCUGACUAUGCAGAUAUGACCUACUGCGUUAUGGGUAUGGAGGCGAUGAAAGGCUGGCGCAAUCAUCCUCUCUUUAAAAAUCAUUUUUAUCCCUCUGGAAUUCUUCUCCUUGGUCCGAAUGACUCAAUGUAUCGAGAUGCUAGUUUCAAUAACCUGUCCGCAAUGGGCACGCCUUGUACGAAAAUCCAUACUACUGAGGAUAUCCGCAGUUUGUAUCCUACCUGGCACAAUAAAUUGAGAAACCAUCAAAAAGGGUAUGUAAAUCAAUUAUCCGGUUGGGCUGAUGCGGAACAAACCGUAAAGUCUGUCACAAAUUACCUCGUUCAACAAGGCGUCACCUUUGUCUGCGGUCCCCAUGGGACCGUGCAAGAACUAUUGACCCAAGGUGACACGGUUGUUGGCGUCAAAACAUUGGCCGACGAGAAGAAGGUUGCUGACUUGAUUGUUCUUGCAACUGGAGCAUGGACGGCGUCCCUUCUUCCGAAGCAGCAAACACGACUGUUGGCAGUAGGUCAACCCGUCGGUUAUGUUCAACUGACUGAGGAAGAACGAGUCAGGUACCAAAAUUACCCUGUUCUAUUAGAUUUCGAAACAGGGUUUUACAGCUUUCCGCCAACUCGAGAUGGCCUUUUAAAGUUCGCUAGGCAUGGUUUCGGGUUCACGAGAACAGUAGAUUUAAAGAAAGACAAGAAAGAAUCCGUUCCCCCUUUCGUUCCUGUGUCGUCUGUCACUCUCCCAAAAGAGGCUGAAGAUGAACUUCGCAAUUGCGUAUGCUCUGUAUACGGAAAGCAAAUAAGUCAAAGACCUUUUUCGAGGACAAGAAUAUGCUAUUACACGGAUACAGCAGAUGCCGAUUUUGUUUUCGACUUUCACUCCAAAUAUAAAAACCUGUUUGUGUGUACUGGGGGUUCAGGACAUGGCUUCAAAUUUUUCCCUGUUUUGGGAAAAUACAGUGUUGGCUGUAUGUUACGAGAAUUAAAUGAGAAAUAUUUGAAUAAAUGGGCUUGGGAAAAACCAAGCCUUAAAGAAUUUACGCUAGACGGAAGUCGGGUGGGACCUUUGGCGUAUGAAUAUGAUCCUGAAAUGUAUUGCAUUGCUUAAAACAGCAAGUUGUUUGAACAGCAUCAAUUUCAGUAAGCUAGAAAUGUUGGUAUACUCAUAUGAAUGCAAGUCUAAGAGUUUGAAAAGGUUCGAUCUUGCUUUAUUUAUUUCUAUGAGAAUUAGCUGGCAACACUUUAAAAUGCAAUGUAUCAGCUUAAGUGUUUUUUUUUUUUUGCAAGUUACAACUUCGUUCGAUAUUCUUAAUUACAACAAAAGCGAAUUGCUAUUUUAUUUCAUGAAAUGCACCUAUGCUAACUUGGAAUUUGUUGAAAGCGGUUUCUUACUAAGAUGAUACUGAUCGAUCGAUCUUCUAUGGACAAAUUCAUAUGAAGAUAAAAAUAUUAUGGAAGUUAUAAAUAUUAAAGGAUCGUUCGGUUUGUCCACUGGUAUGCAACCAAUGGAGAGGUCAUCGAUCUGAAUAAUACCUCUUCCUAAGGCUCCAUGGCAACAUGGUAGUAAACAAAUAGAGGACCCCAUCAAUAAUAAUAAUUAAAAAUAAUAAUAACAAUUAAACUUCGGACUGGAGCACCGGCUAGUUUGAGAAAAGGAUGGCAAAUCUUGUGUUUGUUUACUUUGCUCGUUCAAUAUGUGCCAUCAACACUUUAUCUCAGAAAUGGGUCCCAAUAAGAACCUCGAUUCUUCGAGUAAAUUUUUUUACUCUUGAUUAAUUCAUUUCCGUUUUGGUUUUAUCCAAUUCCCACUACCUCUCAGAAAGUAUCAUACAAUCUAUUUCACUAAGACAAUAUUUCUAGCGUAAUACGCAAAUCAGUGCUGAUCUCGGCCUAAUCAUUUUCAUAUGUUCAGACCUACGUGUCUUUAGCACGCGACUUACUGGGUAAUAGAAAUUACGAUUUCGCCCGUCUUAAUACUUUUGGGAUGAAAAUAGCAAGGAGGGAAAUUCUUAAGAAA